AUGCAGCAUUCUCAGGCAGUCGGAUCGCAGGAUCCUGCAAAGAUGAACCGUCUAUAUCUCUACCGACCGUUUGUCAACGCGGCGCUCGUCAACGGCAACUUUAAGACCAUCGUGAUGCUGCCCAAAUUUGUUUCCGUCAACGAAUGGGUCGCAAUCAACAUUUUCGACUUCUUUACGAACAUCAACAGCUUCUACGGCGUCAUCAAUGAAUUCUGUACUUCCCAGACGUGCACGAGCAUGUCUGUCGGGCCCGGACGUGACUGUCUAUGGAUCGACCAGAAUCGCAAACAACUUCGGCUCCCCGCACCACACUACAUUGAUCUGGUCAUGUCCUGGGUCCAGGGACUCGUUGACGACGAGGCCAUCUUCCCCACCAAGAGCGGACGCGAUUUCCCUCAAAACUUUCCUUCGCAGAUCAAGCUCGUCUAUCGGCUGCUCCUGCACGUCUUUGCGCAUAUUUACCAUGCGCACUUCCAGAUCGUACUUCAUCUCAAGUCCGAGGGACAUCUCAAUUCGCUCUUUGCACAUUAUCUUGCCUUUGGUCGCGAGUUUGGGCUCUUGGACACGAAAGAUCUCAAGGGUGGCGUCCCGAGCUCAAGCGCAGCAGGAACCGGGCCAGUGGCAAUUGGAGAUUUGUAUGAAAAGUGGAAGGAACUCGAGAUCCUGGAAUAG